AGAAUAGUUGUGAGAUCGAUUUUGUUGGUCAGGACGCUUGUCCUUGUUUCAAGAGGGAAGAAUAACGGUGUAACACCGGCGUGUUUGAUUACAGCUGCUUACUGAAAGGGUUGACUUGAUGGUUUCUGCUCAGAACAUCGGUGGAAAUGAAGCAGCAGGAAAUCAAAUCCGUCCCGAUAUUUACUGGAGUGGACAGAGAAACGUUCCUGCAGGAAAUCUAUCCCGAGCGGCGGCCCGCCAUCCUCAGAGGAGUCCCUCUGGGCCCGUGUCAGCAGCUCUGGACCACUGAAUAUCUGGCACGGAGGGGAGGAGACAAGGAGGUGAAGAUUCACGUCUCCACGGUGCCACAAAUGGACUUUCUGCGCAAAAACUUUGUGUACAGGACUCUGCCGUUUAAUGAGUUUGUGAAAAGAGCUUCUGAGAAAAAACACUCUGACUUCUUUCUGUGUGAGGAGGAAAGUUAUUACCUUCGAUCUCUGGGAGAAGACGUCAGGAAGGAACCUGCCGAUCUGAGGAAGCAGUUUCCUGACCUGGCAGAGGAUUUUCUCAUCCCCCCCUUCUUCGAACCGGAUCAGUUCUUCUCCAGCGUUUUCCGGAUCAGCUCCUGCGGCCUGCAGCUGUGGACGCAUUACGACGUGAUGGACAACCUGCUGGCUCAGGUGAGCGGCACCAAGAGGGUGGUUCUGUUCAGCCCCCAGGAUGCUCUGCACCUCUACCUGUCCGGGGACAAGUCUGAGGUUCUGGACAUCGACCGACCCGACCUGCAGAGGUUCCCUGACUUCGUCAGAGCGAGCAGACACGAGUGUGAGCUGCAGCCCGGUGAUCUGCUCUUCAUCCCCGCUCUGUGGUUCCACAACACGCGCGCACUGCAGUUUGGCGUGGGCGUGAACGUGUUCUGGCGCCACCUGCCUGCGAACAGCUACGACAGGAAGGACCCGUACGGGAACAAAGAUCCGCAGGCUGCUGCUCGGGCGCUCCAGGCUCUGGACAGAGGUCUGCGCGCUCUGGAAGAGCUGCCCGCAGACUACAGGGACUUCUACGGCCGCAGGAUGAUCCAGCGCAUCCAGCAGAGGGCGCUCUGCGGCAGACUGAUGGGAGCAGAGGCACAGGAGGAAACUGCAUCAUCCUGCUGUGACUAGCAAAACAGAGAAACUUUAACUUCUUACUCACCAAAAUGUGUUUCAUAUAAUAGAAAAUCCCUCUAAGGUGUGGAAGAGACAUGAGACAUUCAAAUGUGGUCUUAAAAAGCUAAAUUAUUUUCUAAAAAAGAAUAAAACACAAGUAAAUGUAGAUCGUAUGAUCAGUUUUAAAGGAAUUAUUGAAUGUUGCUGCAGAAAAUGAGCCCACAUGCUCAUACUUCCACCACCAUCCCAGAGCUUUGAGCUCAACCCACUUUGGUCUCAACUUCUUUACAAACCACUUUCUGAACUGUCACCUGAACUCAUCAAGCUGCCGUCUGAAAAAGAUUUCAGAAAGUUGUCACGCAUGAACCAAGUCACUGACGUUCUUUGAUCUGAACGACCCCCAAAGCCGUUUCUGAGAGACCACAGAGAUCCAGAAGACCUGGAUCAACGGAGCGACUCACAGCAUCAAAGAAGCAGAAGGACAUGGACAAAAGGUCAGAGGUCAUCGUCCAACAAUCAGAAAAACCUUUUGGAUAUAAAUGGACCUUGUGUUUUUUUUUUUUCUAAUAAAGUAAAUUAUUUAAAAAUCUGGUUACUUUGCUGGUGACAAACUAGUCGAUGAAAGAAGAAAUGAACUUAGUCUCAUUUUGGGAAGCAGCCAAAAAAUGAAAUAAAGAACGUGGAGAAAGAAAAGCAGCCGAAUCGGACACUGUGUGUCCUCCAGGGUUCCGUUUUGGGACUUUGUGAAGGCAGACAGAUGGGAUUGUGUUUUUGUUUCACUUGUUCAUCCUGAAGAGCUUUUAGAAAUUCAUAGAUUAAAAACGUUUUUUAUUCCCUUAAA